GGUAAACAACCGCCUGUGGUUCGGCCUACAGGUGGGUAAACUUGACGCAGCGGCGAAUAAAACGCAGCGUGUUCUCUGGAUUUAGGGCAUUCUCCAACUUCACGUUGUUCUCCUACGAAGUGCGUUCAUCGACUGUCAACAUGGUUCGCGAAGUAGAGAAUCUGGCUGAAUUUCAGACCAUCCUGAAGGAGGCUGGAGGUAAGCUGGUGGUGGUGGACUUCACAGCUACAUGGUGUGGCCCCUGCAAACAGAUUGGUCCAGAAUUUGAAAGAUUGUCACAGUUGCCUGAAAACAGCAACGUGAUUUUCCUGAAGGUGGACGUGGACGAGGCUGAGGAUGUGAGCUCCGAGUGCAAAAUCAGCUGCAUGCCCACAUUCCACUUUUACAAGAACGGAAGUAAGGUGGAUGAGUUCUCUGGUGCUAACAAAUUAACACUAGCAGAGAAAGUGGCAGCUCAUAGAUCAUGAGUUCCACCAACCAACCCUACAGUAGAAGCUGUUACCCUCCUGUACACGCCUAUGAAGGAAUUCCAGUUUUAUUUCCCCCAUCUCUAUCAAGUCUUCUAUCCCACUCAUCCCGUAAUGGCAACAUAGUCCUGUCAGUGCAGUGUGUAGUGUCUUGACAACGGGCUGAAAUUUGAUUCUAACUGGACGACCACUUUUUACCUCUGCUUUGAGCAAUCUGCUUUGUUCCUGAAAACCUGGACUUCUUUGUACGUUGUGGAUGUAAUAAACCGAUGAAUUCCACAAA